GAGUAGAACUGCUCCAUAGGGUUUCCAAGGCUGCAAAUCUUUAUGGAAGCAGACUGCCACAACCUUUUCCUGUGGAGUGGCAGGUGGGUUCGAACUGCUGCCCUUUUGGUUAGCAGCCAAGCAUUUUAACCACUGCACCACCAGGGCUCCUUUCAGUAUCAGAUUAGAGAAGCUACUGGGAAAGGGCUUCCCUCACUCCUCCCACACCUUCCGCUGUGGGGAGAGGGUGAGGCCACUUGCCCAACCCCCUGGGAUGUGGGCCCAGGCAGGGCGGGACAAGGCGGCCAGGAGGGCUUCACUAAAAGGUAGAAAAGCAGAAGCAACAGGCUUUCCCAAGUCCCCGUGGACACGGCUUCCCCCACUUUCUUGCCACCUACCACCGCUGCCAGAGACAGCUGCCUGGACCACUGCUGUUUUCAGGGAACAUGAGGACCCUCCGGGGGACAGCUGAACACCUUGUCAGGACCGGUGCCUAUCACAUAGCAGUUGUGUUACCGAAAAACACGGAUUUGAGCUGCCUACCGCAAAGCCAAUACUGAGACAGCGGUGAGGUGGAGGUUCUGGCACUUGGCACUCUACAAGGCCCUUGCUCUGCUGCAGAGCGCCUGGAAUGACUUCUCCCGGCCUGUUCCAGCCAGCUGUGGCCAACUGCUGACGCUACUCCUCCUGUGUGGUUCCCUGGCCACUGCUGCCGCAGGUCUGACCCACCACUGGCUGGUGUCCUCGCUGCAUUAUCCUCCGGGACCCUCUGCCUCAAUGGCUGCUGUCUGUGGCCUCCUGGUCUGCCUGGGCCUGGGCCUGGUGCCCCCGGCCCGCUGCCUGUUUGCACUCAGCGUGCCCACCUUGGGCACAAAGCAGGGUCGCCACUUGCUCCUGUCCUGCAGUGCUGCCACACUGGCCAGCAUCGUGGUGCCCAAUGUCUUGUCCAACGUAAGAGCAGUUGGGCGCGUGCUGAGGUGUGUCACCGAGGGCUCCCUGGAGAGUUUGCUCAACACCACCCACCAGCUGCACAUGGCGUCCAGGGCUCUGGGCCCUGCAGUCCAGGCAGGUAGCAGGGGCCUGACGUUUGGAGCCGAAGGCAACGGCUCUGCCUUCCGGCUACACAUGCUCAGGGUCACUGAGCAGGUCCUGGAAGACUUCUCUGACCUGGAGACCCUGGCUGGGGCAGCAGCACUGGGGGCCCAGAGGGUGGUCACCGGGGUCUUUGUACUGGGCCUUCUGUUGGAGUCUGCCUGGUACCUCCAUCGCUAUCUGACUGACCUACAGUUUGACAAUAUCUACGCCACACGGCAGCUGGUCGGGCAGCUGGCAGAGGCCCAGGCCACACACCUGGUAGCCUCCCCACCAGCCUGGCUGCUCCAGGCGGCCCAGCCGAGGCUGACCCAGGAGGAGCUGCUGAGUUGCCUCCUAAGGCUGGGAAUGCUGACCCUACUUCUGGCGGCCACAGCUGUGACAGCAGCCACAGACCAUGUGGCCUUCCUGCUGGCCCAGGCAGUUGUGGACUGGGCUCAGAAGCUGCCCAGUGUGCCCGUCACACUCCUCCUCAAGUACGAUUCAACCUACACCAUCCUGGACUUCAUCCCCUUCCUCUUCGACCAUAUGCCCCCAGAGAGCCCUUUCCUCUCUGCCCACAGCUCCUACCAGUGGGAGCUGCGCCUCGCCUCUCCCGACUGCAGGCUCUUGCCCGCCCAGCAUCCCCGCACGCCCGCCUCCCUGGCCGCGGGGGCGCUGCAGCUCACAGCUUGGGCCACAGUCUUCCUGGAAACCUACGCACUCCGCCUGCGGCACGCCAUCGCAGCAUCCUUCUUCACAGCCCAGGAGGCCAGGAGGAUCCUCCACCUUCGCGCCCGACUCCAGCGAAGGUAUGACAGGCACCAUGGCCUUCAGCCACCCCUGGGGGCACCUUCCUGCUCCGAAACCAGCGUGGGUAGCCAGAACUACUGCCAGCUGGACACUUUGAAGAACAGAGAGCAGGAGGCAGAGGGAAAGAGCUGCGGAGUCCCACAACCCUGAGUUUUUUUUCAUCCUGGCCCCUCUGCUGUGUGACUUUGUGUAGGUCACUUCACAUCUCUGAGCCUCUGUUUCCACAUGUGCAUAAUAGCUACGGAAACAAUUGAUGUGACCUGCUUUCUACUUGGGAAUGUGAUAAGGGUGGAAUGAGAUAUCGGGCAUGAAUGUCCUCGGUAAACAGUAAAGGACUCUGCAGAGGGAAAGUGAAGGAAGAGCGCAGAUGGCUCAUGGCUCCUCCAGGCCAGUUGGAAAGCGAUCAAAGCUCUCAUCUCCAUCAACUGCUUUAAUGAUUAGGUGCAGACGUUGCACUGUGAAUUUGUCUAAAGGUUCCUGGGCCUUAUUUAUAUGCCUCUGAAUCCUCCUUGAACUUAUUUAUAGUAAUUUAAAUUUUCUUGACUUUAUAAAUAAAUGUAUUUAUUAAAUCCUAAACCAGGUCUCGUUACUCCUUUUCAAUUCCUUUGGGGGCUCCCCAUCUAGGGUUGCCAGGUUUACCAAAUAAAAAUACAGGACGCACAGUUAAAUUUGAAUUGUAGAUAAAUAAUGAUAAUAAACAAAUCUGUCUUGGAGGAAGUACAGCCAGAAUGCUCCUUAGAAGUGGGGUCACUGAGACUUCCUCUUGCUUACUUUGGACACGUUAUCAGGAGAGACGAACCACAGGAAAAGGUCAUCAUGCUUGGUAGAGAGAGGGUCAGCGGAAAAGAGGGAGACCCUCAAUGAGAUGGACUGACUCAGUGGCUGCAACAAUGGACUCAAACAUACAGAUGAUCAUGAAGAUGGCACAGGACCCGGCAAUGUUUUGUUCUGGUUGGUAUGAGUCAGCUGACUCGAUGGCACCUAACAACAACAACAACAAUGAUAAUAAAUAACAAAACAACACAUAAAGAAUGAAAAUAAUUAUUUAGUAUAAGGAUGUCCCAUGCAGUAGUUUUGGGGGCUGGGGUGGCAUGAUCCUGCCUACCAUGCUCUCCUUGAGACAUCCUUUCCUUCACCACAGGUCUCAUGUCUCCUGAGAAGAUGGGAUUGUUGAGUCUCCUGGGCAAAACACUCCUCCCUCCUCUGCUGCCCCUGGGCCCCUUCAAAUUCUGGCUAAAGUAGAUCUGGGGGACCACAAA